GGCUCAGAGCAGGAAAAUCUCCAAACUAUGCUAGACUCUGGCCCUCCAGCACAGGCGUAGGCUGUAGCUGCUGCUGUCCAUGCCGAGGCCAUGAGCCACAGCAGAGCUGGUUCCUGUGCUUGUGUCAAAAAGACUCACUCUUUUUCUCCAUUCACUGCGCACAGGGUGGUGACGUCGGAGGGGCUCAGUCAGUGAAUCCACGGCAGACUGGAGCACAUUUAAGCAGCUGCUGACCCCCCCCCCCCCCAACCCCCUCUCCCGAACACAAACCCUCCCCACCAAACCCAACCCUGCCCAGUCCAGCCUCUUCCACACACGCGUCCACCACCACAUCACGCCGAAGAAGAGGGAGGAGAGGAGCAGAAGCCUUUCCCCUCCUUUUUUACCCCCCUCCAGCGUGCUUGUGGAUCAUGUUUCGCUGCGGAGGGCUUCAGAGGUACCAUGAGGGGGGGUUUUAGAUGCUGUUUUUUUUGCCUGGCGUUGUAGCGUGAGGGACCAGCUAUAGCCACCCCUUCCUCUUCAGCGCCGCUGUUAAUGCCGCUUCGCCUCAGCUGGCUUUCGCCUCCAAUCGAUUUUUCAGACGCCGGCCCUCGUACGAAAUAGGACAUUGAAGUUUUAGCCGCCGCCGUUGUUGUUGUUUCUUCAGCCCCCUCUCAAAGCCCCGCUCUCCGGCAUGGGAAUACAGUGCUGAGGCUAAACAACAAAGUGAAGUGGAGGCAGAGUAGUAGCACUAGCGGCGCCAGCGACAAUACAAGACCCCGAAAUGAAGAAACCUCAGCAGCGGAUGGAUGGAAACAGCGGGCGGAGUGUAGCGAGUGUGAGGAAGGCUUCGUGCCAGGAAUGGAACAUGGAAAACAAAGAAAUGAGCGUGAGUGAUCGGGAGCAGUGAAGGGGGAGAAGAGGAGGAGGUAUUUACUUGAUUUUGGAGCUUCUAGACGGAGUGAUGGCGUGUAAAGGAGACCCACAGACGGCACCUACAGCUAUUCUCUCGGUCUGCCUGCCACAGACAGCGAUAACAGAGUCUCUGGUCUGAGGAAGUAGCUGUCCUUCAGAAGGAAACUGCCCUGAAGCAUGACCGCCUGUCACUGGAGAGAGUCAGAGCAGCGUGUCCUAGCAGUCCUCAUGGGCAGUAUGUCAUCCCCCUUCUAGCUCCACUAGGGGCCUGAACACACCCAUCUGCCAGCUCAGAUAACCCUCGGGCUGCUCACAACACAUGUUUGACUUGAUUAGAUGUGACCGCCGCGCUUUCCCGAGCAGCCUCUAUCUGCAUCAUGCAGUGGCGACGGCGACACUGCUGCCCCAUCAAGAUGACCUGGAAUGUCAAGCGGUCACUCUUCCGCACGCAUGUCGUGGGCCUACUGUCACUGGCCCUGCUCUUCACCAUCUUCCUCUUCUUCAGCCACCAAGACUGGCUGUCCAGCCGGCCUGGAUUCCGAGAGAACCCAGUGGCCUACACAAUGCGGGGCUUGCGCCCCCUCAAGGAACGUGCGGAGGGAAACCAAAGCUCUCUGAGAAGCCUCUUGAGGGAGCCCAUUUAUUUCCCCCCCAAACCACCUGUAAACUUCAGCUCACACCAAGCUGAGGCUGCUGCUGCCCAAGGGAUGGUAGGACUGGAGAUCUCUCUGAGCGCCAACAACACAAACACCAACAGCUUGCACCGAGAAAUGGGUGUGGGAGGGCAGCUGGCAGCUCAGCCGUACCGCUAUGUGCUCAAUGAGCCCUAUAAAUGUAGAGACAGCAGCCCCUUUCUAAUUCUGCUUAUUGCAGCAGAGCCAAGGCAGGUGGAGGCCAGGAAUGCCAUCAGGCAGACGUGGGGGAACGAGAGCGUAGCCAUGGGCCUGGGCUUUGUGCGAAUUUUUCUGCUGGGCAUGGGGAGUAGCUCUGAUGGCUACCCUCAAGCUGCCAUUGAGGAAGAAAGCUUUCAGCACCAUGACAUAAUACAGCAGGCGUACAUGGACACCUACUACAACCUUACCAUCAAGACCUUGAUGGGCAUGAACUGGGUCGCAGAGUACUGCCCACAUGCCUGGUACGUCAUGAAGACAGAUAGCGACAUGUUUGUCAACACAGAGUAUUUAAUCCAAAAGCUGCUGAAGCCGGAUUUGCCACCACGACACAAUUAUUUCACAGGCUACCUAAUGCGAGGCUACGCACCCAAUCGCAACAAAGACAGCAAGUGGUACAUGCCUCCUGAACUCUAUUCAAGCGAAAGGUACCCAAUCUUCUGCUCGGGUACGGGCUACGUGUUCUCGGGAGACAUGGCAGCAAAAAUCUACCAGGCUUCGUUGAGUAUACGCCGUUUACACCUCGAGGACGUCUAUGUCGGGAUCUGCUUGGCCAAACUGCGUGUUGACCCAGUGCCACCACCAAACGAGUUUCUCUUCAACCACUGGAGAGUGUCCUACUCCAGCUGCAAAUACAGUCACCUAAUCACUUCACACCAGUUCCAGCCCAGUGAACUCAUCAAGUACUGGAACCACUUGCAGAGCAACAAGCACAAUGCUUGCAUUAACAUGACUAAGGAGAAGAGCAGCAGGUUACGUCAUAGGAAGUUGCACUGGGAGAGGAUUCGGUGAUGACCACGAAGCCAGGGCUCAGGGUGCAGAAGUAUCUUAGAAGCAUGUGUGAAAUUCAGCACUAUACUGAUUAUAGAGAACAGCACAGUGUUUUUCUGGUAUCGUGUACAGUCAAUUAAAACUAUUUUUUUAAUUUGAGAAA